GACCAUGGCCAACAGCGAGCGGACCUUCAUUGCUGUCAAGCCUGAUGGCGUCCAGCGGGGACUUGUAGGAGACAUCAUCAAGCGCUUUGAGCAGAAGGGAUUCCGCCUCGUUGCUUUGAAACUUGUGCAGGCCUCGGAGGACCUGCUCAAGGAGCACUACAGUGACCUGAAGGAGCGCCCCUUCUUCCCCGGCCUGGUGCAGUACAUGCACUCGGGGCCCGUGGUCGCCAUGGUCUGGGAGGGGCUGAACGUGGUGAAGACGGGCCGCGUGAUGCUGGGCGAGACCAACCCUGCCGACUCCAAGCCGGGCACCAUCCGCGGGGACUUCUGCAUCCAAAUCGGCAGGAACAUCAUCCACGGCAGUGACUCGGUGGAGAGCGCGGAGAAGGAGAUCGCGCUGUGGUUCUCGCGGGAGGAGCUGGUGGACUACACGAGCUGCGCCCAGGACUGGAUCUACGAGUGACCGAGUGACGGCGGGCCUGGCGGCGGUGGCCAGUGCCUGUCCACGGCGAGGACUAGACUAGCAGAGCCGGCCGGUGCAGAACAUCCCCGUCAUGUGGAGGGCAACUGAGCUCGAGCACACCGACCCCUCCAGGGUUGCGUCCCAACGUUGUCACCCCAGCACGGGGGCAGCCGAGUCGGUCACGUAGCCUUGUCUCUCUUUCCACCCUGCGUUCUACCCUCCCGGCACUGAGCCUGCAGCAGACAUCUGUGGUGGAUUUGCCCGGUUGUCAGGACCCUACCCAGUGCAGAGCAUUCAUCAGAAAUGAAAGAUACCCAUCCUUUUGUUCGUUUCUUUUU